GCUAUGUUUUAAAAUUGCCUUUUAUGUUACAAUAACUAAAGGUGCUGUUCAGUUUGUAACUCAAAAUACUAGUUCGAUUAAACUAGUUUAAAAGUGAGCAACGCAACUCUAGCUGUCAGUGGGAAGAAGAGUGGAACAACCCUGUCUUUUUGCCAAAGAAAUUUUCACGUAAACGUUUUUGCAGAUAAACAUACAACAAAUACCAAAAAAUAAAGCAUUGCGGAUUAAGCGGAAUGUGCAAAGUUUUUGGUAAAUAACUUUUACGUCUUUAGCCAGUUCAAUUUAAUUGCGAAUAUUAUGUCGUCCAUUAUAACGCGCAAGGAUGCCGAAAGCGCCGACGCCGACGAACAAAAAUCGAAAUCAGCCAACAAGCGCAGCGCUGCUGGCGCCGACGUCGGCGUCGAUGCUGCGCCUAAGAAGUCACGCUUCGAUGUCAAGGAAAAGAACGGGGGGGCGCCCCCCAUCGAUGCGAUGGCCUCAUCGCUGAGCUCCACACAAAUCAAACUGAUGAUGGCGCAUGCCCAGCGCGAGAUCGAGGAACGCAAGCGGGCGCUCAGCAAUCUACGUGACAAGGAUCCCCUGCUAGCGUCCGUGCCACAAAUCGGAAUGCCCGUUGCACUGGCUACCCAGGCGUUAGCCAAGAAACCAACGCCCGAGGACGCAGACAAGGCCAGAAAGAUUGCCGAAUUGCAGGCACAAAUACGCGCCAAGUUAACCGGCAAUCUGGCCAAUAUAAUCCAACAGCAGCCCACGGCGGUGGCAGCAGCAGCUGCGGCCGCUGCUCAGCAACAGCAGGAGCGACCCAAACCGCUCAUACUGGACGAGGAGGGGCGAACCGUGGACAAGAGCGGACGUGCCAUCAACAUACCAACAGUGACGCCCACGCUCAAGGCAAAUAUACGCGCCAAGAAGCGCGAGGUGUUCCAACGCCAGACAACGGGCAGCGAAGGCAGCAGUCAUAGCGGUGCCACCAGCACCGGACAGGACGAUGCCAUCAAGUAUUUUGAUGAUCGAAUUGCUCAAAAGCCGACGCUGCGAAAUAAACGCACGUUGCGAUUCCACGAGCCCGGCAAGUUCCAGCAGCUGGCGGAGCGCAUGCGUAUGAAAAGUCAGUUGGAGCGUCUGCAGAACGAGAUAUCUCAAAUAGCACGCAAGACGGGCAUAUCUUCGGCCACAAAGCUGGCAUUGAUUGCACCCAAGCAGGAUAUGCCCGAUGAUGUGCCCGCCAUGGAGUGGUGGGACUCGGUCAUACUCAGCCAGGAUAUGCAAACACUGGAUGAGGCGAGCGGCAAGAUCAGCAUCCGCAAAACGGCCAUCAGUAAUCUCAUCGAGCAUCCCACGCAAAUGAAGCCACCAAAUGAGCCUCUGAAGCCCGUCUACUUGCCCGUGUUCCUCACCAAAAAGGAACGCAAAAAGCUGCGUCGUCAGAAUCGCCGUGAGGCCUGGAAAGAGGAGCAAGAGAAGAUACGCCUGGGCCUGGUGGCGCCGCCGGAGCCAAAGCUGCGCAUAUCCAAUCUGAUGCGUGUGCUGGGCACAGAUGCUGUGCAGGAUCCCACCAAAAUCGAGGCGCACGUGCGCGAGCAAAUGGCCAAGCGUCAGAAGGCUCACGAGGAUGCCAACAACGCCCGAAAGCUGACGAGCGAACAGAAAAGCGAAAAGAAACAGCGCAAACUUAAGGAGGACACCAGUUGCGGUGUCCAUGUUAGCGUCUACCGUAUACGCGAUCUGCAGGACAACCAGAGCAAAAAGUUUAAAGUCGAAACGAAUGCCAAGCAGCUGCAAAUGACCGGCAGCGUGGUGCUCUUCCGGGAUUGCUGUGUUGUUGUCGUUGAGGGUGGGCCCAAGCAGCAGAAGAAGUACCGUCGCCUCAUGCUGCAUCGCAUCAAAUGGGAGGAAGAUCUGGUGAAAGGUAACGAUGGCCAGGAUGUGGCCAAUUCGUGUGUGCUCGUCUGGGAGGGCACCAGUCAGCGUCGGCACUUUGGCGAAAUCAAAUUCAAAAUAUUUCCCAUGGAGAAAAUGGCACGCGAAUUCUUCCAAAAGCAUCAGGUCGAGCACUACUGGGAUCUGGCCUACUCGGGCGCUGUGCUGGAAGCCUCUACGGAUCAGCAGUAAACAAUCUGGCGACAUCUAGCUGUUUAGACCACAAAAUUUGUUAAAAGUUUAGAUAUAUAAGCUUAAAAUU